AUGGCCGAACACGUUGAGUGGUGCGAUUCACUGGAGCAAAGGUUGAACGACCCCGUUGAAAUUCCCUUAGUAAGUACAAAACAAGAGAAGGAAGAGAAAAGAGCGAGGGGUGAGAAACACAAGAGGCGUAAAUUUAUAUCACUAGUCGAUGACUCGGAAGAAACCUGCUCCUUCGUUUUCAUUAACGGCAUUCUAGUAGUAACGAAGUUCCUCUUUUUAACGUCUACGAUUGUUAUCGGGCGAGCGGUUGCGACAGCUCUCAAAUGUCAACUCGGAAAGGAUUACCCACAUUUCGUCAGAGGUCUUCUAACGUGCGCCCAAGACGGUUUGAUAGUUGGCAGCUCCACUGGGCCAAACAUAUCUAACUGCAUUCCAACUCCCAUCAACCCGUUGGAGCCCGGCCAGCAAAUCAGCAUGGGUGUAUUUCAACUCCAACGCACAGAGUUAGCGGAUAUUCACCAGUACAUCAUUACCAAUACGGAGCACCAAGGUGGUGGAGCGACCAACGUACAUGUGGCGCUAGGAAGCAUUUUCAAAGGAACUAAACUUUGGGAUUUAUAUUCUUUACCCGCUGGGGCAUCAUGUAUUGCUGAAGAGACUGCUGGUGAUAUUGUCAAAAUUCAAUUCACCUGUUAG